CAAAAAUGGCCGCUCGCUAGCAAUAGAAUAGAUUUUUUUGUACCAAAUCGCAGCACAUCGGGGAAUCAAAAAAUUAGAUAAACAAAUAAAUAGCUGCAGUCAGUGAAGAGGCCAUAGAAAUGAUGGCACAGAUGACGAGCGACAAAGUGGACGGAGACAAGGAGCCGUCCAAAUGCGAGGAGGCUGAACCAGGCGCACGCGUCAAGGAAGAAUCGCAGCCAAACACCGUAGCCACGGUGCAGCAGGAGGAGGAGGGGGAGAUAAAAAAUAAAACAGCGGGCUCUGAACUGCUCGCAGCGAAUGGUGGACUGAAGGUGGAGCAGGUGGCCUUGGAUGAGAUGAGUUCGCUGGAGCUGGAAAUAGCCGAAAUGCACAACACACAUCCCGCCGAACAGGCGCUGGAAAAUGUCAUCGAAAUUGCCUCCACCAGCAGCGGUGCGGAAAAUGGCAGUCCUGUUGUGGUGUGCGCAGACGAAGCUGCACCGCUGGGGGGAGAGGCGACAGCAGCACAGUUGGACAAGCCCAGCCAGGUGGAGACUAGCGAACCAGCGCUGGAGGAAGAGGAUUUGAUUGCACUGCUAAAAGGCACGGACGCGAAUGAGGAAAAGUCCGCCAUGGAGAAGACACUCUCCGAAUUGGACAACGUCGAUGUGGAGGUGACUAUCGUCGGGGAGGGCCAAUAUCCAACCUUGGAGGUCGACGAUGAUGAAGACAAUGUGCCGGCAGCAGCAGCCGCGAAGAGUGUUAAGUCCACUGUGUCCAGCAAAUUGCUCAGCAAAACAUCCUCCGCCUCGCCCUCGCCGUCGUACAAAACGAAGCUCUCGCCAGAGCAGGCACGCGCCGUGGCGCUGGAACAAAUUGCGGAUUUAAAAGCUCAGAAAUCGCGCCGCAAAGAGCCUGUGGCAGUGCCCGUGGCUGUGGUCAAGCCAAAGGAUAUUGUGAGCACGCUCAACGACGACUGGACCGACUGUGACUCUGACAGCGAGGCUCCCGCAGCUGCAGUUGUAACCAAAAAGCCGCCACUGCCGCCACAGCCAAAGACUGUCAAAGUGCCGCAAAACAAUAAGCAUUUGAUUCCCAAUCAGGUCAAAGUAGUCAUAAAAUCGGUUAGCGCCCGGACUCUGGCUAACUCCACGAAGCCCAAGGCUGCCACACCCACAGAGCGUGCGGUCAGCGAGGCGCCAGCAGGUGUCAAGCGCAAUCGUGUGCCGAAGAUCAUUUGGGAUCCGGAUGUGCCAGAGACACAGAAAUCGUUUGCCCAAUAUGCCAGCUCCAGGGGCACCGCAACGCCGCCACUGGCCACAGCAGCAGAUGGCGCUGGCCCCUCCACAUCCACAAAGACUGCGAAACCAAGCGGAGCUGCGGCCAGGAGUGUGCCCAAGAAGGAGACGCGUCCGGCCACAGUGGCGCUGAUGCGUGCAGCAACGCCGGAGAUUCGUGCACCAGCCAAGCGUCGCUGUCAAACGCCAAGCGCCGCGCUGAUGCGUGCAGCAACGCCAGAGGUGCGGACACCCGCCAAGCGUCGCUCGCAAACGCCCAACGCUGGCCUGGCCAACGGCGGCGCACAGAAAAAGAAGAAAGUGAGCGAAAUUGAUCGAUUGAUGGGGGAUGAGGGUGCAGCCAAUAUGAUCCAAGCCGUGGAGCAUGAGGCGCGUGAGCUGAGUGCCGGCGAAACUUUGAACAAGCCGCGUAUGCGCAAUCGGGCCAUGACCGUAACCGGACGGCCCCUGCAGCUGGCAUCGCCCAAGAAGGAGGCAGCCACUGCCACUGCACCGAAGAGCGGCAAACGCGCUGCUGCCGCUGAAGCCACAACUCCCGCCACUAAGACCAAGCCACUGGCCUCUGAGUCCUGGGACUACGUGUACAAGGGACGCGUCAAUGAAGACGACAUGAUCAUGCGACGACGCUCAAACAGCUCGUACUCCAGCAAUGCGUCAGUCAGUCGCCUCUCGCUGGAUAACAAAACGGAUGCGGAGGCGAAUGAUCCCACAUUUAAGUUCCUCAAGCCCGAGAACAAGGCGAACCAAAGAACAUCCACGGGAGGCGGCGAUGAGGCACGCACCACCCUGACCAAUGACAUGAAACGCAGUGCACAGCCCAAGACAAGCAACGAGCUGGUUGUGCUCCACAAGCUGGACAAGCUGGCGCAUCUGGUGAUCAAUGUGCAGCGCGGCAAAGCGGGUCACACCUACACCAGCCAGCUGCUGCAGAAACUCAACGAGCUGCUCGUCAGCGUGGCCAAGAACUCGCAGUACAACACGGUGCUGCUGACCGUGCAGGGUCCACACUACUGCCAAGGCAUAGACUGCCAGGAGCUGGUCUUAGGCUCCGCGGAGAAGCGCAAGAACAGCGCCAGUCAGCUAAUGCUGGCACUCAAAACAUAUCUACGCACGCUGGCCACAUUCCCGAAGCCGCUGGUCGCUGGCAUUGUUGGCAAUUUAAAGAAUCUGGGCGUCAUGCAAUUGCCGCUGCUCGACUAUGUCGUGGCCGCUGAUGAUUGCUGCUUUGAGACGAACUAUGCCAAGUUGGGGCAGCUGCCCGAGGGAUAUGCGCUCUUCCAUAAUCACCCAAAGGUGUCCACUCAAUUGCACUCACGUUUAUUUCUGCUGGGCGAACGCUUGCACGCUGCCGAUCUCUUGGGUCCACAGAGUUUCGUGGACAAGACUUGCCGCGCGCGCAGCGUAGUGGAGGAAGCGCUUGGCGUAGCCAAAUUAAUAUCCACAACAACAGCGGAGUCCUAUCGCACUCUAAAGAAGCUCAACCAUGCGGCCAUUAAUUCGACAAAUCUGCCCCGCAUGGAUGAGGAGCUCAAGUCCAUUGGAGAGCAAUGGGCCACUGCCAGUGUGCAGGGGCACUUGAAGCGUUACCUGAGCGACGUUAACGUGUAGAGCUACCAAAAAAGCACUGGUAGCAUCUGGCAUCACUUUAAAGUCCACCUUGUAGUUGAUCUAAAAUUGGAAAAGUAAUUUUAAAUUUUAAAUCCACCUUCAAAACUUACAAAAUACUGUACAAACAAACGUAACAUAAACAGAAUAUCUAAAAUA